AUGCAAUCGAUUACUUUGUUACUCCACCUAUUCCUGGUUAUUGGCCAUGCAGUAUCGUUCAAGGCCGGGUUACUAGAUCCCAUUAGAAGUAUGUUCAAUCCGAUCCUACCACACAGAAUACGACACAAACCUGAUCUAUUACUCGGACAACUAGUACCACGAUUCCGGGAUUCGGGACUAGGUGAUGAUAGCAUGGAUUUUCGUUCCAACAUACAAAUUGCACCUGAGAAAAAUCCAAAUUAUGUAAGGCCUUUCAACGAUGCCAUAAAAACAAAUAUAAUUUAUGGACUAUCCAGUAAGAAGAAAACGUCAAAAAACCCGAAAGAUAAGCCAAAAUGUGAAUCUAAAGAACUGCAUAAGGAGGAUAACUUAAAAAAUCUAAAUAAGGAUCCAAAACCACCACAACCACCAAAAGAUACAUGUAAAGACUCACCACCGAAAGAUUCAUGCAAGGAUAAGGACGAAAAAAAGGCCGAGCACCCAAAGGAUCCAUGUAAAGAUGUGCCCCCAAAAGAUCCACAUAAGGAUCAUAAAGGUGAAAAUCCACCGCCACACCCAGAGUCACCGAAGGAACCGUGCAACGACUCGCCCCCGAAAGAUCCAUGUAAGGAUAACGACGGAAAAAAGCCAGAGCACCCAAAGGAUCCAUGCAAAGACGUGUCACCAAAAGAUUCAUGUAAGGAUCAUAAAGUUGAAAAUCCACCGCCACACCCAGAGUCACCGAAGGAGCCGUGCACUGACUCGCCACCGAAAGAUUCAUGUAAGGAUAACGACGGUAAAAUGCCGGAACAACCCAAGAAUCCAUGUAAAGAUGUACCGCCAAAAGAUCCAUGUAAGGAUCAUAAAGGUCAAAACCCACCACCACAACCAGAGCCACCGAAGGAUCCGUGUAACUGCUCACCACCAAAAGAUCCUCAAAAUCCGGAACCACCAAAAGAACCUUGUAACGAUUUACCACCAAAAGAUUCGAGUACCUCCGAAAAUGAAUGUAAGCCACCUCCAGAACCAUAUAUAGAUUACGAUAACGACUCGCCACCAAAAGAACCUUGUAAAGAUCAAGAUGAACACAAACCAGAGCCAGUAAAAGAUCCUUGUCAUCCAAGUGACGACCAAAAACAACAUAAAUCGCCUGCACCUGCAGAACCACCAACGGAUUCUUGUAAUCCAGAAAAAGAACCUUGUAACGAUGUACAACCAAAAGAUCCAUGUAAAGAUCAUGAUGGGCAGGAGCCAGAACCACCAAAGGAUCCAUGUAACAACUCACCACCGGUGGACCCAUGUAAUGACUCACCACCGAAAGAUCCUAAUAACACACCACCGAAAGAUCCUUGUAAGGAUCAUAAUGGACAAAAAUCAUCACCCCAUUCAGAACCACCGCAGGACCAAAAUAAACAAAAAUCACCAAACAAUGCUUGUAAUGAUGAAAAUGAACAUAAGCCACCACCGUGUCCACCAAAGAAAGAACCGUGUAAGGAGGAAAAUGAGCAAACACCACAUACUAAUAAGAAAAAGAAACCUCUUAAAGGUCUAAAUAAUUCAAAAGGCCAUUUAGAUAUGAUACAUUCAAAUCAUUUUAAGAAACUUUCGUACAGACCAUCUUAUUCAAAAGUGGCUACUAUUGGCUCGAGUGACUACAAAUUAUCUGCAAUUGGAUCUGGUAAAUCACAAAUGCAUUCAAAAUUAUCUCCUAGUAGUUUUCGAUAUCCUAAAAUACCCCCGGAAGAUCUACUUCAUGAAAAAGCAACUGAUGAUUCAUACGAUUCCAAAAUGCCAUAUGAGCCUUUGACAUCAGAUCCAGCACCUAUGGGAAGCUCAGACAAUUUCCCAAAUGAGGACGCAAAUAAUGCAAUUGACACAGACAGUUCAUCUACAGAGGGGCCGUAUGAUAAUCGGGUAAAAGAAACCUCAACAAAAUCUACGGUAGAUUCAGAUGAUUUAGAAUAUGAUGAGAUUAUAGUUCAAAGAUUUACUCAAGCUGUAAAAUUAUUAGAGGAGCUAAAAAAACUAAGUCAAUUAAAUGCAAAUUUUAAACUACAAAGUUUACAAAAAGAAGGACAUGAAAAGGCUAGUACAGAAGAUGAAUAUAUCGAAACUACAGAAGCAAUGCCGGUGAAAUCAACAAAAGAAGCUUACGAUAUGCAAGAUAUAAGUGAUCUAAUGGAGCCUGAAGAAGUUUCGAGAAAAUUUUCUGAAGCUAGUUACAUUCCUACAGAAGGAGUUAUGACAAAACUACAAAAAGAUAGGUUAUACUACGAAGCAGAUGUGGUUCAGUCCGAUAAUAAUUUUAGCAGCACUGAUAAUCCCGAAGAAACGACUAUAAUAAUGUGA